UGUUACAGCGAUGGAUUUUUAUUGGAGCCUGAAUGUCAAGGAAUGGAUAUCAAACAUGGUGUACCAGCACAAAACGGUGAAGCCCCUUUCAAGAUCGAACCAGAAUAUAUAGAAGUGACAGAUUCUGAACUGGGAACGGAGAAUAAUGUCUCGGUUACGGCUUAUCCGGCUGGAUUUAGAGGUUUCAUGUUGGACGCUCGUAAGUGUGAUAAGUGCGAGUCUGCUGGCAUGUUUUAUUUGACUGACCCGGACAACAGCGCACUCAUCUGUGGUGGCCAUGCUGUGGCUCAAACUAAUAACCAAAGAAAAACAAUAGUUCAAGUGUUGUGGACCCCCGAAGAGACUGGAGUGUUUUUCUUCAGUGCUGCAUUCGUUGAAGAAUACAGUAAGGUUUGGCUAAGGAAGGCAAUCAUAUUCACGUCGACUGCACCACCAACCACUGAAGCCACCAGUCACAGUACACAAACAAGUCCAACAGAUGUGUCACAGACACAGACUGCACCACCGACCUCUGAAGCCACAAGUACACAAAAAACCCCAACUACAAGCCCAACAAUAUUUACAACAACAUCAAAUAUAGACUCACAUGCUACAGUUGCACCAGCAUCGCCGCCUCGAUGUGUACAAUAUACGGUAUGUAGACUACAUGCAUGCUGCUACAUUACAUGUGCUUUAGCACUGUUAUUAUUCAGUCGACUGUGUUUUCUUGGAGGCUCUUCUCUCCUGAUGAUCAUCAGACCAGUAUCGAAAAUGGCCACCAUGAUUGCGUCUGGCUUUGAACUAGCCUCCAAAACUAUUGCUGUCAUCUUCAUACUAAUAAAACUAAUUAAAUAUGAGUGUGUGUGUGAGUGUGAUAGUUUGCAGAUUGUGUUUACUGCUUUGACAGUGGCUGCCAUGGCUUCAAGCCUGCUGCACACUCUCACUGUUUUCCUUCACUGUGGACCAAGCCAUGAAUUAAGGAAGUGUUGGCUCUGUGCCAUCAUAACUUUUGGCCUAAUGAAUACUAUCAUUACAACAACUGCAAUAUUCUUUGGAAUAUGGUGCUUUCAAGAGCGCUGGCUGCCAUCAUUAAUGGGAAUUUUUGUUAUUUGGGAGUUCAUGCUUUAUCUGGGCUCAGUUUGCUUUGAACAGAUGGGAAAGUACCAGUCAAGAAAAAAUCAGAAUCAUGUUCUGGAAAAGAGGGACUAA